AGUCUCUAGCUGACUGUUGUUCUAAUAGCAACCAUGAAGUUUCCGAUAUUGCUUCUAGUAGCCCUUUGCUUCGCUUGCGGAUCCCUGGCGAAGAAAGGAUUUGGUCCAGGAGAGCAAGAAUGGGGGUACGAGAAAGUGCGUGCGAAUGCAAACAUGUUCUGGUGGCUUUAUUACACCAGUGCAAAUGUGUCAUCGUACUAUGAAAGGCCACUGAUUAUUUGGCUGCAAGGUGGACCCGGUGCAUCGUCCACUUCUUACGGGAAUUUCGAAGAAAUCGGACCUCUCGACUUCGACCUGGAAGAAAGAAAUUCCACUUGGGUUAAAAACUAUAAUGUACUCUUCAUUGACAAUCCAGUGGGAACAGGCUUCAGCUACACCACUUCAGCUUCAGCGUACGCGACGACAAACGCGCAGAUCGCGGAGGAUCUCGUGGCAUGCAUGAAAGGAUUUCUGCAGAAGCUGCCUCAGUUUCAGAAUGUGCCCACGUAUAUUACCACCGAGUCUUAUGGAGGAAAAAUGGGCGCAGAAUUCGCCCUCGUGUGGUACAAGGCACAAAGUGAAGGAAAAAUUAAGAGUAACUUAAGAGGUGUUGUUUUGGGCGAUGCUUGGAUCUCUCCCAUUGACUCAGUGAUGACUUGGGCACCCUUCUUACAGGCAACGGGCAUGAUCGACAGCGAAGGUUUCAAAAAGGUUGACGCUUCUGCUCAGAAGACGAAGGCGGCUGUAGAUUCAGGCUUAUGGAAAACGGCAACAACUUUGUGGAGUUACACAGAGGCUGUAAUUUCUAGAGCAACCAACAAUAUUGACUUCUAUAAUAUUUUAACCAAAGUAUCGCCCUCCUAUAGACAGUACUCCCUUGCAGACAAACUUAUGUCGGACUCAGGGUUCCUCAGAGAAAAGGCGGUCUAUGCCGAAGCUAAUUUGGAUGCGUUAAUGAACGGUCCAGUGAAAAAAGCUCUUGGUUUAUCGGUGCAUCAUGGUGGACAGUCCAAUACCGUGUUCUCCAGAUUGCAGGAGGACUUCAUGAAACCCGUUGUCGAUAAAGUGGAGAUGCUGUUGAAUCAAACCGACUUGAAAGUGGUGGUGCUUACCGGUCACUUGGAUCUUAUCGUUGACACUCCAGGUACUCUUCGGUGGGUUGAGAAACUGAAGUGGAAGAAUGCCGCUGCCUGGAAAAAUUCCGAAAGACUUCCAGUGGUAGCUAAUAGAGUCUUGGAGGGAUAUGUGAAGUCUUAUGGCAAUUUCGCCAUGUACUGGAUGAACAGAGCUGGACACAUGGUACCAAAGGACAAUCCCAACGGAAUGGCGCAGUUGUUAAAAGCUUUCGCCAAUUGAUACUCAACGACGCUUUCGAUUGCGUUCUCAGUUACUUCCAAGAAAAUUCACCGGUCACGAGGACGGGUUAGUUUAUUUUUUGCGAUUUAGACGGGGAGGACCGAGCCCCAGCGAAACGCGGAUCUGCAGUCUGUGGAUUUUCCCACACUCGUAAAACGUCGCAAAGGCAACAAUCUGAAACCGAGCAACCCGCAGACGCCUGCCGAUUUUGUCAAUAAGGAACGAUUGUUUAGAUUCGACCGGGUACGAGGCAGUAAAACGAAACGAUCUGCAAACAAGUCCGUUCGUGUUCAUGAGGCCUUUUCAACCGAUGAAGAGGAAAGGCUUCUGCGGUUGGCCAGCUUCUUAAAUAAAGCAGAAAGAAUCCCCCUUUUCGCCGGGAGAUCAUUU